CUUCCAAUGAUCCAAUCCCAUGAAAUCCAAUCAGUUCGGCAAAACGGAGGAGUUGCAAAGAGCAUAGUAGAAUUUGGCAGUGAUGGUCUCAACUACUACUACCAAUCAUCUGCUCAAAGGCAGUGGCUCAUUCUUGUUGUCUUCUCACCACCACCACAUCCUCCGCCGCUGCCCUUUUCUCCUUCCCACCACCGCCAGAAUUAUCAAUAAUCGUAUACGUAGUACAAUCGUUACACCAGUUGCCGCUCCCCCACUUCCCAUUUCCCUGCAUAGGGAUUUUUAUGACCAAACAAAAACAAGUUUACCAAAAGGAAUGAUGUGCUACUGCACAGCUCCGAAUGCGUUGGAUACAAUUGUAGCGUCGGAUGAAGGAAAUGCUAAGAACGAAGAGGAUAAUGGAGAAUUAACGGUGGAGAAGAUAAGAGAGGCGGCUAACACGCUGGACAUCCGGGUGGGAAGAAUCCUAAAGGCGUGGAGGCACGAGGAGGCCGAUUCCCUCUACGUCGAGGAAGUGGACGUUGGCGAGCCCGAGCCCAGAAUCAUUUGUAGCGGCCUUGUUAAAUAUGUCCCUCUUCACCUUCUACAGGACCGGAAUAUUGUUGUUCUGGCUAAUCUGAAGCCUAGAAAUAUGCGAGGUGUGAAGUCAAACGGAAUGCUGAUGGCUGCUUCCGAUGCAUCACAUGAGAGUGUGGAGCUUCUUGUGCCACCCGAGGGUGCAAUCCCUGGUGAAAGAGUUUGGUUUGGUUCUCCAGAAGAAAAAGAGAACCUACCUGAUGCUGCAUCACCAAACCAGGUUCAGAAGAAAAAGAUAUGGGAACAAGUCCAACCUCACCUCGAGACAGACGACUCUUGUGUUGCUGUGCUUGGAACGCAUUACAUGCGAACAUCAGCAGGUUUAAUAGUUUCCCAAUCUCUCAAGAAUGCAAGGAUAUCAUAAUCAAAUGUAAUGUACUCGAAGUUUAUUUCAAGAAGUUCUGAAUAGUGAAAGAGCUGGUUACCAUGUGGAGUUGCUGCCUUAUCUUGAUUAUUUGAGUAUUCUUGUUUGUGUUGAUGUUUUGUAGAGAAUUUGGUUCUCAACUAAAUGGUAUUGAAAGCAUACGUUUUGCAGCAUGAUAUGAAGUGUUUUAUGUUCAAUACC